UGUCACAAUGGUAUGCGUCGCGGUAUCAUUUAGCCUUAUUUUAAUUCUCAUAGCGGGACCAUCUAAUUGUAAUGCUGCAUCUAAAAACAAAACCGUUACUGUCAACAGGAAGGUGAAUGUUAGUCAAUCCACAAAAAUGUAUAAGACUGUCAAUGCCAACCGAACAGUUGCUGAUCGUCGUACCGGCAACAACAAAAGUAACCUUCCAUCUACAUCGGCAGCGAGUAAAUUCACAACUGCAAAGCCAGCGUUGCCAACUACGAAAGCACCGAGAACUACCACAACUGUGAGUUUCCAAACGGAAGAUUUGAAUGAAAUGAUUGAUAAGAACGUGGAAAGAAGAGUCUGGGACAAACGACUUGAAAAUGAACCGCAAGAAUUAGCAUGUCCUCCUCUGGGUCUGGAGUCCCUGAGGGUUAAGGACGCUGACCUGCGGGCCUCCUCAUACCAGCGGCGGGGCCUGGGCCCCCACAGGGGACGCCUCAACAUCCAGUCUGGCAUUGAGGACGGCGACAUCUAUGACGGGGCGUGGUGCGCCCGCUACAAGGACCGGGACCAGUGGCUGGCGGUGGAUGCCCACCGGCCCACCCUCUUCACCGGCGUCAUCCUGCAGGGCCGUAACUCCAUCUGGAGUUGGGAUUGGGUAGAAACCUACAAGGUGCAGCUCAGUAAUGACUCCUUGGUGUGGAAGCCCAGCAUGAAUGGGACCGUUGAGACGGUGUUUGAGGGGAACCAGGACGCAGAGACGCCGGUGCUAGCCCUCCUGCCCGAGCCAAUGGUGGCCCGCUACCUCCGCAUCAACCCCCAAACCUGGUUCGAGAAUGGGACAGUGUGUUUGAGGGCAGAGGUGCUGGGUUGCGCCCUGCCAGAUCCUAACAACAUCCACACCUGGCGGGCAGAGGAGGGCUCAAGGGACAAGCUGGACUUCAGACAUCACAACUACAAAGAGAUGAGGAAGCUCAUGAAGGCGGUGAACGAGGAGUGCCCGGACAUUACACGCAUCUACAGCAUCGGGAAGAGCUACAUUGGCCUCAAGCUGUACGUCAUGGAGAUCUCAGAUAACCCCGGGAAGCACGAACUGGGUGAGCCGGAGUUCCGCUACGUGGCGGGGAUGCAUGGGAACGAGGUCCUGGGCCGCGAGCUGCUGCUCAACCUGAUGCAGUACCUGUGCCGUGAGUACAGGAGGGGCGACCAGCGGAUCGUCCGCCUGGUGAAGGAGACUCGCAUACACCUGCUGCCCUCCAUGAACCCUGACGGCUACGAGAUGGCCUACAAGAAGGGCUCGGAGCUGGCCGGCUGGGCGUUCGGUCGCUACAGCUAUGAGGGGAUUGACAUGAACCACAAUUUCGCUGACCUGAACUCAGUCAUGUGGGACGCCAUUGAGAGAGAGACGGACAAGUCCAAGCUGAUCAACCACUACUUCCCCAUCCCAGAGUACUACACCUCAGAGGAGGCCUUUGUUGCCUCGGAAACCCGCGCAGUCAUACACUGGAUGCAGAGCAUCCCUUUUGUGCUGAGCGCCAACUUGCACGGUGGGGAGCUGGUGGUCACCUACCCCUUCGACAUGACGCGCGACUGGGCCCCACGUGAGCACACGCCCACCCCAGACGACAGCUUCUUCCGUUGGCUGGCUACGGUCUACGCCACCACCAACCACGUCAUGUCCAACCCCGACCGCAGGCCCUGCCACCAAGACGACUUCCUGCGCCACAACAACAUCAUCAAUGGCGCCAACUGGCACACCGUCCCUGGCAGCAUGAAUGAUUUCAGCUACCUGCACACUAACUGCUUUGAGAUAACAGUGGAGCUGUCCUGUGACAAAUUCCCCCACGCCAGUGAGCUGCCCAUCGAGUGGGAGAACAACAAGGAGUCACUGCUGGUGUACAUGGAGCAGGUUCACAGGGGAAUCAAGGGUGUGGUCAGAGACAAAGACACUGAAGCUGGCAUAGCCAACGCCACCAUCAAGGUAGAUGACAUCGACCACCACAUCAGAUCAGCUUCAGGCGGAGACUACUGGCGGUUGCUGAACCCGGGCGACCAUGAGGUGACGGUGACCGCCGAGGGCUACUACCCUGUCACACGCAUGUGCCGCGUGGAGUACCAGCACUACCCCACCAUCUGCGACUUCCGCCUCACCAAGACGGCCAAGCAGAGGCUGCGCGAGAUCCUGGCCAAGGGAGGCAAGAUCCCCAAGGACCUGCAGCUGCGCCUGCGCCAGCUCCGACAGCGCAAGCUGCGCUCCAGCACCACGGCCGUCAUCCGCCGAUGGGCCCGGGAGUACAGGGCGAGGGCUGGCCAGCGCUAG